AUGAUCAUCGGCGAGCUAUUACCGCUUCUGGUGGCAUAUUGGCCAAUUGUGCUCGCAGCGUCAGCAGCCGCAUACCUCCUAAACAACAAAUUCUACAAAGGCCUGAACAAAUACCCAGGCGCUCCUCUAGCAGCCUACACAAACUGGUGGCGCUACUUCGAAGUGCGGGCCCAGAAGUCAGAAGUCACGCAUGUAGCUCUUCACAAGCAGCAUGGAGAUAUCGUCAGACUUGGCCCUAACGUUCUGUCGUUCGCCGACCCCAAGGCCAUCAAGACCAUCUAUGGUCUGAACAAGGGCAUGACCAAGUCGGACUUUUACCCUGUCCAGCAAGCUGUCUCCAAGGGCAAGCGUCUGCAAUCUCUGUUCUCGACCACUUUUGAGGACUACCACGCCAAGUACAGAAGAUGUGUCAACGGUGCAUUCGCCAUGUCCUCGCUGGUCGAGUACGAGCCCCUGGUUGACAGCACAACCGACGUCUACAUUGAGCGUACCAAGGAGCUCUACUGUGGAGAGAAGCCUAAGAGAUGCGACUUCACCCGCUGGUUGCAGUUCUACGCUUUCGAUGUCAUUGGCGAAUUGACCUGGAGCAAACGUCUUGGAUACAUCGAGAGAGAUGAGGAUGUCGAUGGCAUCAUCGAGUUCUUGAACAAGUUCCUCUCAUACGCUGCACCCAACCCUCUCAAGCUCCAACUCGAGAAGUGGGGUAUCAACAAGAAAGUCUUCCCCGUAACGAAAUUCGCACAGGACCGCUCAGGCGAGCGCAAGGACGAGAUGCAAAAAGUCCGCGAGACCGGCAUCGUCGAGAAGCGUCCUGGCCGCGGUAUCGAUCUCCUCACCAAGUUCAACCAAGCUCAACACGAUCACCCUGAAUUCAUGACCGAUGCCCAAGUGUUGGCAGCAUCGACAAGUAUGGUGUUUGCCGGAAGCGAAACCACCGCCAUCAGUUUGAGCAGUGUCUUCUACCACCUGGUCAAGUACCCUCAAGUCUACGCAAAGCUGAUGCAAGAGCUCGACGACGCGGCCGAGACUGGUGCCAUCCAACAACGCGCAAACAAUAAGGUCUCUUGGGCAGAGAGUCAAAAGCUGCCUUACCUCGACGCUGUCAUCCAAGAAUCAUUCCGCAUGCACCCUGCCGCUGGCUUGAUCCUCGAACGCAUCACCCCCAAGCAAGGCAUUGAGAUUUGUGGCGAGCACAUCCCCGGCGGUGUCAUUGUCGGCUGCAACUCCUGGGUGCUUCACCGCCGUCCCGAAGUCUUCGGUGCCGAUGUCGAAACCUUCAGACCCGAACGCUGGAUCGAGGCCGACCCAUUAAAGCUCAAGGAGAUGAAGGCCACCAUGUUCCAGUUCGGCGCCGGCGCCAGAACGUGCAUUGGCAAGAACAUUAGUUUGUUGGAGAUCUACAAGUUGGUGCCUACCUUCCUCAGGACGUUCGAGAUUGAGAUGGCAUGUGAGGAUUGGAAGAAGAGGAAUGCGUGGUUUGUUCGCCAGAGCGAGUUUUACACAAACUUCAAGCUGAGAAGCGUGCCCAAGGAGGUUCCUGUAUAG